AUGAGAGAUCAAUUUUAUCGAUCUUUCUUAAUACCAACUUUGAUCUAUGGCAACUACCAAUUACCUCUGAUUCAGAACAAAAUUAAAAUUAUGGAUAGUCUAAAAAAAAGUCGACAUAGAUAGUUUGAAAAGAAAGUUGAAUAAGAAGAACAAGUUGGAAGAUUUAGAAGAUUUAGAACAACAGCAGAAUCAAGACACAUAAUAAACGGAGUUCCAAGUAAAUACAUGUAAGGGAAUACUUUAUAUCCAAAAAACAACCAGCUAAAAUGAUCAAACAAGACAGAAUGUUGAGAAAGCUAAAUUUCAAAUAUUUCAGUAUUCUCCAUUAAGGAAAUAGAUAAUUAAGUUUUCAAUCAGAUCUAGAGUGAGUAUCAAGCUGUAUAUUAAUUUUUUCCACAUUAAGAAUCACAAGAUGGGGAAGCUCUUAUACUUAAUUCUUAUCAAAAAGUUGAAAGGUCAUAGAUUGAACUUUAUUGAUAAUUAUCGAUUCACAUACUAACCUUUUUGGAAAAAUUACAUGGAUAUUUUUGAGAUGAAAAGUUCCAAUAAUUAGUAUUUGAAGACAAAGGAUAUUCCUGUAGAAGGUGAUUUGGAUUAUGGCUUUAUCCUUAAUAAUAUAUAAAAUCAAAAUGAAUUCAUUUAACUAAGUUUGGCCAAAAUAUGA